AUGUUGUCUUCAAGAGUCAGAGCGCAGGCUUUAAUUCAAACCAGACAAUCUGUUCGUCGCUUGACCGUGUCUGCGACCGACGGUUCCGGCAAAAUCUCCAGCCUUGCAGUCAAGGUUCACGCCGGUUCCAGAUACGCUACUAAAGACGGUGUCUCGCACUUGUUGUCCAGAUUCAACUUCCAGAAUACCAGCAGCAAGUCUGCCCUUCGACUUGUGCGUGAGUCCGAGCUUUUGGGUGGUAAAUUCGAGUCCACCGUCGACAGAGAAUUCAUCACGCUGAAGGCUACUUUCCUCAAGGAGGACUUGCCCUACUACGUUUCUGCGUUAGGAGAUGUGAUUUACAAGACUUCCUUCAAGGCCCACGAACUCUCUGAGGUCGUUCUACCCGCUGCCAAGCACGAUUUGGCCGUUUCUCAGACCUGCCCAAUUACUCAAUCUGAAGAGCUUUUGUACUCUACGGUCUUCAGAAAAGAUCUUGGUAACCCAGUCUUGUAUGACGGCGUCGAAAAAGUUACCGUCGAGGACGUCAAGGCGUACGCGGACAAGGUUUACAACAAGGAAAACAUCACCAUUGUUGGUAAGGGCGUCAACGAAGGCGACCUUAAGAGAUUUGUCAACGACUCUCUAUUCUCUUCGCUACCUCAAGGUACUCCGUUGGUGAAGUCCGCCAAGCCUGAGACUUACAACGGCGAAGCCAGACUAAGAUCUGUUGGAGAAUCUGUUGCUAGCAUUGCCGUUGGUGUUGCCCCUGAACAGUUUGCACAAUACGAGCUUUUGGCCAGAUAUUUGACAUCCCCUCUUUCAGAGUUGGCCCCCCUAGUUUCUAAGGCCAAACUAGACAAGUACACUAACCACGGUUUGUUCUCCUUGUACGUCAAGGGUCCAGACGCUUCUGUUGUUGCUUCAAACAUCAAAAAGGUCGUGUCAGAGCUCAAGGCUGGUAAGGACAUCUCCAAGGCUAAGGAUAUUGCCGCUGCUCAAUUGGCUGUCGAGAGCGAAGCUUCUUUUGCGCCUGUGGAAAUCAAAUUUGACAACGUUAAAGACUUCAAACUAGGAAAAUUCAGUUACGUCGCUGUGGGCGAUGUAAGCCAGUUGCCAUUCGCUGACGAGCUUUAG